AUCAAUUACAAGUGCCAAAAACACUGCCUUUUACAUGGCUUAUUAUAAAAUCAUUAGUAGCUCUCCCUCCUUAGUCCUUUCUCUCACAUGUGUAGCAAAAUGCUGCCUUUUACAUGGCUUAUUAUAUUAUUCUCUGCAACCCUUUUGUGCAACAACUUAGCAGAAGAAUUUCCUUCAUCUGAAGCUCAUAAAAUCACAAGUUUACCUGGCCAACCUCAUGUUAACUUCCAGCAAUUUGCUGGUUAUAUUACUGUUGAUGAAACUCAAAAAAGAUACCUUUUUUACUAUUUUGUUGAAGCUGAAACUAACCCUUCUUCCAAACCUCUUGUUCUUUGGCUCAAUGGAGGACCUGGUUGUUCAUCUAUUGGAGCAGGAGCCUUCAGUGAACAUGGACCUUUUCAUCCAAGUGGAAAUGUACUAGUGAAAAAUGAUUAUAGCUGGAAUAAAGAAGCAAACAUGUUAUAUCUUGAAUCACCAGCAGGAGUUGGGUUUUCUUAUUCUGUUAAUACAUCAUUUUAUGAUGGUGUUAAUGAUGAGAUUACAGCAAAAGACAAUCUGGUGUUUCUUCAGAAUUGGCUCGAAAUAUUUCCAGAAUACAAGAAUAGGGAUUUUUUCAUUACUGGAGAGAGUUAUGGAGGGCAUUAUGUACCACAACUUGCUAAUCUCAUACUAAAAUCAAGCCUCAAGUCAAAUUUGAAGGGAAUUGCUUUAGGUAAUCCACUGUUAGAGUUCAACACUGACUUCAAUUCAAGACCAGAAUAUCUCUGGUCUCAUGGACUAAUAUCAGAUGCAACUUAUGAACUCUCGCAAAAAGUGUGCAAUUUUUCACAAAUUAGAAGACAAGCACAAAAAGGAUUCCUCUCCCCUUCUUGUGCCCUAGUGAAUUCUCAUAUGUCAAGUGAGAUUGGCAAGUUUAUCGACUCGUACGAUGUUACCCUCGACGUCUGUUAUCAUUCAAUUGCUAAGCAAGCUCAUGUUCUUGAUCUUAACCAAAUGGAUGAGCAGCAAAUUGAUGUUUGUUUAGAUGAUGAAACAACCCAAUACAUAAACAGGAAAGAUGUACAAAAGGUUAUGAAUGCACAACUGGUUGGGGUCACUCAAUGGUCUAUGUGUAGCGGCGUGGUGAACUAUCACAUGGACGAUUUGGAGGUUCCUACUCUUCCAUUACUUGGCACCUUCGCAAAAAGUGGCGUUCGAGUAUUGGUUUAUAGUGGUGACCAAGAUUCAGUACUACCCCUAACCGGAAGUAGGAUGUUGGUAGAUAGCCUAGCAAAGGAGCUGGGACUCAAGACCACUGUGUCUUACAGGACUUGGUUAUCUGAUAAACAGGUUGGUGGAUGGACACAAGUAUAUGGUGACAUACUUGCAUAUGCAACUAUAAGAGGGGCAGCCCAUGAAGCUCCAUUUUCGCAACCUGCUCGUUCUCUCGUGCUUUUUCGCUCUUUCUUGAACGGCAGCCCACUUCCAGAUGUGACGUCGCUUGCUCGAUGAUUUAAUUUCAUGGAUUCUUCCAUAGACAAAUUUCAUAAAUUAAACUAUUGAUUUACUUACAAUCUAUAUCAUGAUGUAGGAAUGCUACAAUGCAAGAAACUCGAAUCAAAAUUAUACAUAACACUUGCAUGUUGUCAUAUACAAGCAAAUCAUAUGAAUCAAACAAAAUUCAUUUGAAGCAGAAUUUGAGUUUAGACCAAAUGAUAUAACACUACGAAACCAA